CAUAAACUGUCGUCAUUCAGUUUUACUCUGAAAUAAUGGCUGGUGUGCAGGUGACCUCCAAUUCAGCUCAGUGAUAUUGGAAGAAGGAAGGAAGCACAACGCGUUUGUUGAAGGACCGAAUCAUUUUCCUCCGCAUCAACGCGCGUGAAGUGGGAGGCUGGAAGAAGCUUCGCGUGCCAGUUCCACGGAGAGCAGACGGUUUCUAGCGAGGGGCGGAGGGAUUCGCUCCGUAUUGUGCGUCGUCUCCAUCGCUUUGAUAUAUUUUUAUCCACGCAGUGACAACAUGGCGACUCCCGCUGCGGUGAACCCGUCCGAAAUAGCCAGUGACCUGCCAGGUCCAGUAGCGAUGCCUGGAGGAGUUGGGAGUGGCCAGGUGAGAAUGGCAGGUGCCGUGUCAGGCCGCGGUGGGAAGAGGAGAUCAGGAGGAAUGGACUUUGAUGAUGAGGAUGGUGAGGGACCCAGCAAAUUUUCAAGAGAGAACCACAGUGAGAUUGAACGACGCCGGCGUAACAAAAUGACCCAGUACAUCACUGAGCUGUCAGACAUGGUCCCCACCUGUAGUGCUCUGGCCAGAAAGCCCGAUAAGCUAACCAUACUCCGUAUGGCGGUUUCCCAUAUGAAGUCCAUGCGGGGGACAGGCAACACUUCUACUGAUGGGGCGUAUAAGCCCUCCUUUCUCACUGAACAGGAACUGAAGCACCUGAUUCUGGAAGCAGCAGAUGGCUUCUUGUUUGUGGUGGCGGCAGAGACUGGGCGAGUCAUCUAUGUGUCGGAUUCUGUGACUCCAGUGCUGAACCAUCCCCAGUCAGAAUGGCUUGGCAGUACCCUGUAUGAACAGGUUCACCCAGACGAUGUGGACAAGUUGAGAGAACAACUCAGCACUUCAGAAAACUCAAUGACAGGACGAAUUCUGGACCUGAAGACGGGGACCGUAAAGAAGGAAGGGCAGCAGUCUUCCAUGAGGAUGUGUAUGGGCUCCAGGCGCUCCUUUAUCUGCCGCAUGAGGUGUGGAAGUGCGCCACUGGAUCAUAUCUCCCUAAAUCGUCUAUCUAACAUGAGGAAAAGAUACAGGAACGGCUUGGGACCAUCCAAAGAAGGAGAGGCUCAAUACUCUGUGGUGCAUUGCACUGGAUACAUCAAAGCCUGGCCCCCUGCAGGGAUGACCAUACCAGAAGAGGAUUCAGAGGCGAGUCAGACAGGAAAAUACUGCCUGGUGGCCAUUGGGAGACUGCAGGUAACCAGCUCUCCAGUCUCCAUGGAUAUGAAUGGCCUGUCAGUUCCAACAGAGUUCCUCUCACGUCACAACUCGGAUGGUGUCAUCACUUUUGUUGAUCCACGCUGCAUUAAUGUCAUUGGUUAUCAACCUCAAGACCUGCUGGGAAAGGACAUCCUGGAGUUUUGCCAUCCUGAGGACCAGAGUCACUUGAGAGAAAGUUUUCAGCAGGUAGUGAAACUGAAGGGACAGGUGCUGUCUGUCAUGUAUCGUUUCCGAUUGAAAAACAGAGAGUGGAUGCUGAUCAGAACCAGUAGUUUCACCUUUCAGAACCCAUACUCUGACGAGAUAGAGUACAUAAUCUGCACCAAUACCAACGUCAAGCAACUGCAACAGCAACAGGCAGAGUUAGAGGUUCAUCAGAGAGAUGGAAUCACAGCUUAUGAUCUGUCCCAGGUGCCUGUGGCUGGAGUCAGCAGUGGAGUCCACGAUACUGGGAAGACCAUUGAUAAGACAGAGUCUCUCUUCUCCCAGGAGAGAGACCCACGCUUUGCUGAAAUGUACACCAGCAUAUCUGGCUCGGGAGACAAGAAGAUGAUGGUUCCCUCUUCUACGGCAGGAGGACAGCCUCUCUACACCCAGAGCUCUCCCUUCCAGCAGGGCCAUUCUGCCAAAAGCUUCAGCUCUUCUGUGAUCCAUGUUCCUGGUGUAAAUGACAUCCAGUCCUCAGGGUCGUCCAAUCAGAAUCUAGCUCAGAUUUCUAGACAACUUAAUACAGGCCAGGUAGCUUGGUCAGGCAGCCGACCCCCAUUCGCUGGGCAGCCCAGCAAAUCCCAGUCCAGUCCAUUUGGUAUCGGUUCUGGCCACAACUACCAGACUGACCCCGCCUCCUACAGUCCUCUAUCGUCCCCGGCAACAUCCUCGCCCAGUGGAAACGCUUACUCAGGCCUGACAAACCGCAGCACAGCCUUUGAUGUGUCAGGAGAAGGUGGUCAAAGUGGAGGCCAGUUCCAGGGUCGGCCCAGUGAGGUCUGGUCCCAGUGGCAGAACCAGCAUCAUUCCCAGCAGUCGGGGGAGCAGCACUCACACACCAACCCCAGCCAGACAGAGGUCUUCCAGGACAUGCUGCCUAUGGCUGGAGAUCCCAGCCAGGGGACAGCGAACUACAACAUUGAGGAUUUUGCGGAUCUCGGCAUGUUUCCACCCUUCUCUGAGUAAAGGCCUCUCUACGGCCGACCGAUGGACUUAUGUUUGCUUCCUCUGUUUCAUCUAAUUUUUUUUUUUUUUUUUUAUAAGAGCAGCACUGGGCCACCUUAGAAAAAUUAAUGACAUCAUCUUGAAAAGACAUUCAUUACUGUCAUUAUUUCAGGAGCAAAAUAAUGCUCCUUAUAUAAGGCCUGAAGAAUGAACUGGUUGAAGGAUGCCCUCACACACUCGGGUUUCUGCUGAAUGGAGAGUCUUAGUUAGUCAAACCUUUCUCAGCUUGUGAUUGAACGUUGAUGUCCUCUAUGGUCAGCAUUAUGAAGGCAUGCCUUCCAGCUAGAACAGUCAGAUCUGUCAGAGCUCAUCACCAUCAUUAAGACUGAAUGAAGGAGAACUUACUUUCAGUUUUCUUAAAGAACAAUAGGAAUAUGAAAAACUGUGUUACCUUAAAUGUCCAACUCUUCCUACAUGCUAGAAUUUUUACUUUCAAAUUGUUAAUCUAAUCUAAAACAUUUUUUUUAUAUAUAUAUAGCACCGAUCAAUUGACAUCUAAUACCCAAGUAAUUAGUAUGUUUUUUGGGUAUUAGAUCCUGUUCCUGUUUAUUGAUUGUAUCUAUAAUAAAACCUCUUCUAUUUAGAUUGUUUUAGUCAGUAAAAAUUUUAUAAAGGUAACAAUAGAUUCUUUGAAGCAAAAAUAUGAAUAAUGUUGCAAUUCUGUUGAAUUCCAAACUUCUACCUCCACCAAGGAACCCGCAGAACAUUUUUUCAGUUAUGGUCAGUAAAAAGUUUUCUUCAGCUAUUUAAUUUUUGAAUUAAAUAAAGUUCACCUGAAGGAAGUCGUAUCUUUAUAGGCGAAAACGCAGAACAGAUCUGCGAUUUUUGUCAAUUGUAAUUGACAAAAAGCAGGUAGCGUAGCCUUCCAUAAGAAACAAACUUAGUGCACCAAAAGGAAUUUACUAUAUCACAUUAUGUUCACUAUGUAAAUAUUUUAUAAAUUGUUGAAAUCCAUUUGAAUUCCUUUUAUAUCUUCACUUUAAUUAGACUUCUGACAAGUAGCAGAUCUCAUGAGGAAGGAAUCAGUGUUCAAGACGGUUUUGCCGUUCUCUUUAUAGUGACGACAUUGUGGGUCUUAUGUAUAAUUUUCAACUUCAAAAAUGAAUCAUUCCUCAUCCAUUUUGAAAUACUGUACUACAAGUUGUACUACAAUACAUCAAUAAAGGAACUAGCAAUGCAGCGCAGAAGGAAAGCAGCAACAUAGUUUUUGCCUUUAUGUUUUACUGAUUAGGGGAGGAAUAGCAUUGAACAGAUCGCUGGCUAGAGCGUGGACCAGUCACAGCCUCUGGGUUGGUGUAGGGAAAAUAAUGAGCAUGUUUUGAUACACGUCAGACGGCCCAGCUGUCAAUUGCAUUAUAAAGGCUUUAAAAGUAAAUUAAAAUCUGCCAAGACAAUAAUCAGCAGGCAAAACUUUAAAGACCACUGGAUCUUGGGCUGGUAAAUCCUGAUUGGUGCAUCUCAAUUUGGCUGGUCAAUUUUCAGACUGACCAGCCAAUCUGCAAAUUGACUGUUCAGGUGGCAACAAGCAAUAAUCAGUAAUAAACUAUAAUCUUUGUCAUGUAAUAAAAUUACAUAGACUAUGACGAAAGUGGGUGAUAAAUAGUGAUAAAUCUUCAGUCCAAGGACAAAUGGACUGAAGAAUGUAUCACAUUCUUCAGUCCAUUUGUCCUUGCUUUAAUGCUCCCGCAGCAGGUGGAACAAACCUUGUCGUCUUCUAAUUCAUCUCAAAGUUUUCUUCUCCUUUCACAGGUGAAAGUGACUUUUGGUAUAAAUGACUGAACUGGUAAAGUCCAGUCACAAUUAUUUUCUCAAUGUAUAUUAUCCAUACUUGAAGCCCUUUAAGUUGGAAAAUGAAAAAAAAUAAAAUAAAAAAAAGACGUUUUAGGAUCACUGGCUGCAGAGAGAAGACAAUCCAUUUCCCUCUCUCUCCAUAGUGAUGUCCUGAUUUUUAGAAAACACUUCAUGCAUCAAUAACAGGAUUAAAUGCAUUUUAAAAUGAAUAAAUUUUAGUAUACCAUUGCUGAGUUACUACUUAAAGUGCACUUCAUGACGCUACCUGUUCAUCAUACCAGCCUGCUGCCCAGCAGUGAGCAGUAUGUCUGUCUUCAGACAUACUGCUGAAGACAGUAUGUCUUCAGCAGCUGUCUACUGCUGAAGACAGUAUGUCUUCAGCAGUAUGUCAAUUAUAUAUUCAUCAACCAAAAGGCUGAAUAACAGCUUGCAGUGAAGUAACAUUUACAUGAUGAACUGCGUGUCCAUGACAAAUGGAAUAAACUUUCAACAUCUUUUGCUAAGGAUCUAAAAUUUUUUUUUUUUCAAUAUUGUGAUUUUUAUGUCAACUCAUCUUACAUUCACAGAGUACAUUCUUGUGUAAGUCUUAAUGAUACUGUGUAUAAUGUGUCUAUUUAACUAUUAGUACGUGUUGGUUAGCUAGUAAACUGUACAUUGACUUCUAGACCUGUUUAAACUGUGUAAAUGUGGCCCAUUAUUUUGUGUAAAACUGUGCUUGUGACAAUAAAUUUUUGAUUUGG